UCCCCUGGCUACUGCUUGUCAUCAAACAUGGCUGCCACCGGGCGAAAGACGGUGGCGGGAGAAGCGCCGUCGCUGUCGUCUUUGGGCCGGACGUUUCUCUUCCUUUUGUUUGUGGCCCUGCGGGUCCGGGGCCAGGUCGAAAACGACACUACACAUGACACACAACUGUCUCAGAAAACUGUUGAACUGAUGGACAGUAAUGCAUCAUCCAAUAGUUCAGCCAUCCAGAACAGUUUGGGGAAUACAACAAAAGAAGGAACGCCCCCAACAUCUUUGAAAGUAGAUGCUUCUCUUGCACCUGGGCCAUCUAUAGCAGAAGAAAAAUUAACCACAUCUCCUGGGCCAGCUUCUGUGAGUCUUAGUCCUGAUUCACAAAUGAAUAUUGGUGUUUCAGAAGACUCAGAUAUUAACGAAGAUGACAUUGCAGAGAAAUACGUGUUCGCUAGUUCCCUACCAGUGGCAAAAGAAACUAUAGAUCCCAAUAUUCCUGCAGGAUAUGAUCUAUAUGGUAUCACAUCUGAUUCUGAAGAUGAUCAAGAUGAUGAAGGCAUUCCAGAAUUGCCAGAAGAGUUGGCAAGCAGCUAUGAAAAUAAGAAGUCAUUUGCUGAUGAGAUGAAGGACUCCCCAGUCUCAGAAUUAGAAAAUGAUAGCCAUUUCUUUUUUCACUUGGUUAUUGUUGUCUUUUUGGUAGCUGUGGUUUACAUCACAUAUCACAAUAAAAGAAAGAUCAUCUUGUUGGUUCAGAGCAGAAGAUGGCGGGAUGGGCUUUGCUCCAGAACAGUUGGAUAUCAUCGUUUAGAUCAAAAUGUUAAUGAGGCUAUGCCUUCAUUAAAAAUUACCAAUGAUUACAUUUUUUAAAAGCAGUGUGAUCAACUUUGCUGAACUACUAAUUUUCUUUGCCUUGUUUUUUAUAUAUAAUGUGCCGGUAUUUGCCAUAAGCAAUGAGCAUGUGCACACUAUUCUUGCCUUGCAGGGUUUUAGCCUUAUAUAAAGGCAAGUAAGGUUAGUAUUUACUUUUGGUGACAGCCAAACUUCAGCAUCAUUGUACAUAGUGCCAUUUUCUGUCACUUUAUUUAUCUUCUUCUGUUUUCCCUUCUGCCUGGAGCAGUCAGUAGUCCUAGUUUAAAACAGCCACAUAGCCGACCAUAUUCAACAUCUUAGUAAAUCUGGCACCAGUGAAUCACAUUAAUUUGGAUCAUGUAUCCUAUUGCUCCCUCAGAACAAACUAUACUUCAAGGUAUCUAUCAGUAUAAAGCUGGGUUCCUUACUUCAAGCCACAUUACUUGUAUAAGGAUCAUGCUUGAAUUAGUCCUCUAUAACAUUUGCCUAGAGAAACAUUUGAAGAGAACAACAUUUUUCUCAUAUUAUUGAUCAACCUAUUUUCUUUCGUAGUUCACAAAUAUCAGUUUUAAAUACUGUUGUUUCUGAGCCCAAUUUUUUCAACCACAUUGUUUACAAAAAACAGAAAAGAAAGCCUUUAAAAUCCAGGAUUAAGAUAAACCUUUUCAGGCUAGAAACUGAGAUGCACAAAACAAUUUGUAGAAUAACAUCUACACUUGUCUUGGUAUGUCUUUUUAUUGUAUUACAAACAUGGAAGCAUCCAAACUUGAAAGAAAGGGUUAUGUCCAGUGAUGUCCAUUCUGCCAGUGAAACAUACAGUGCUUGCAGAAUGGAUUCCCCCUCCAGUCCCCUGUGCCCUCCCCAGAUCUGCUGCAAAUCCUCCAGAGCAGAUUUGGGGGAGAUGCAGGAGAGAGGAGAGGAAGUCUGUUCUAUUGUGUGAGUGGAAAUCUGCUCACAUUAUUUUGAAUGUUUCCCUAAGUUGCUUAAGUAUUAAUCUAAACAAGAUAACUAGUUGCAGGUAUAGACAUGACAUGAUAUUGCCCAUCUUCAGAGAAUACUGCACCAUUUUCUUUAAUUUUGAAAAGAGCUAAAAGCCCUGCCAUUUGGGUUGUACAGGAAGUUCUGGUACGUUAGUGGGUGGGUUUUUUGUUUAUUUUAACUGUAGCUUUGCUAUUUAUUUUCAUUUCUUCAAGUUGUAAAAGAUAUAAGUUAGAAGUUUUUCUUCGAUGCACCCCCUCCAUGGCUGAACAAUAUGUAAAUAGUGAAUUAUAAUUAAUGACUUUAUAUUCAAGUAUUGUAAUAUUCUGAAAACCUCUUAAACCUCUGGCAUCAGAAGAGUUGCAAUGGGCAUGACUUUACCUUAGGAGAUGAAGCAACUGAGCCGAAGCACAAACAAUAUAUGCCAGAACUGUUUCCUUGCAGUAAUUUUUAUUUUACUUGAACUUGUAUUACUUUUAAGAAGAUUUUUCAAAUAAAUUCCAAAUCAUAA